AUGAGUGCCACAGAGACCAUCACCAGAAUUACGGCGGACAAUGUUGCGAGCCUUUUCCCCGACGUCGAUACUUCACUUGCCCGCGAAGUCCUCCCCUCGGCGGCUACUUCGUCCGUCGCGAACAGCAACGAGCUUGCUGGGUACGACGAGGAGCAGGUUCGUCUGAUGGAUGAAGUGUGCAUUGUUCUCGACGACGAUGACAAGCCCAUUGGGAGUGCUAGCAAGAAGACAUGCCACUUAAUGACAAACAUCGACCGCGGCCUUCUCCACCGAGCCUUUUCCGUGUUCCUCUUCGACUCCCAGAAGCGAUUGCUUCUGCAACAGCGUGCCUCCGAGAAGAUCACCUUCCCCGACUUGUGGACGAAUACUUGCUGCUCCCACCCUCUCGGCAUUCCCGGAGAGACAGGAUCGGAGCUCGAUGCUGCCAUUCUAGGCGUAAAGCGGGCAGCGCAGCGCAAGCUGAACCACGAGCUGGGCAUCAAGCCGGAGCAGGUUCCGAUUGAGAAGUUCGAAUUCUUCACUCGCAUCCACUACAAGGCCCCAAGUGAUGGCAAGUGGGGAGAGCAUGAAGUUGACUAUAUCCUUUUUAUCGAAGCAGAUGUCGACCUUGAACCUAACCUGAACGAGGUCCGCGACACGCGGUAUGUCUCCGAGACAGACCUGAAGGAAAUGUUCAAACAGUCAGACUUGAAGUUUACCCCGUGGUUUAAGCUCAUCUGCAACUCGAUGCUGUUUGAGUGGUGGAGCCACCUCGGCUCUGCUUCUUUGGAUCAGUAUAAGGGCGAGACACAGAUUCGUCGUAUGUAA